AUGGGCAAGUCUCACUUAAUGGGAUUUCUCAUUUUACUCUGCUAUUUGAAGGCUGAUAAAGUGCUCGUUCAUGAAAAUAACAAUGUUGUGGAAAUUGUGCAGUGUAGGAUGUGCCAUCUCCAGUUCCCUGGGGAGAAGUGCUCUAGAGGAAGAGGGAUAUGUACUGCAACGGCAGAAGAAGCCUGUAUGGUGGGAAAGAUCUUCAAAAGGGAUGGUACCAUGUGGUUAAACUUCAUGGGCUGCCUAAAGAACUGUGCUAAUGUGAAAAGCAUAAAGUGGGGCUCCUAUCUGGUGAACUUCAGGUGCUGCCGGGGCUAUGACAUGUGCAACGAAAGGUUUUAGA